GCCAGGGUUCUGACGAACCUUGGUUUAUUAAAGAAUGGGUCCUAGGCUACCAAGUCUUGGAUAGCUUUAAUUCGCUAGCCAAUAUCUUGUAAGGCAUUGGUUUAUAAUGGAACGUGAACCUGGAAUGUUUGCUCUAUGUUCGGUUGCAUUUAGAAUCAGCCCUCCGUGUUCCAUUUGUUAGCCAGGCCUAACAAGGAUUUUGGUUUAGAGUUAAGCUAGCUAGAGCUUGGGAGCAGGGACUCUUUCUUUUUGUUAGCCAGGGUUCUGACGAACCUUGGUUUAUUAAAGAAUGGGUCCUAGGCUACCAAGUCUUGGAUAGCUUUAAUUCGCUAGCCAAUUUCUUGUAAGGCAUUGGUUUAUAAUGGAACGUGAAACUGGAAUGUUUGCUCUAUGUUCGGUUGAUACGCGUUUGCAGAUGAAUUUCUGCACGUAAACAUUGAAAGAGCGAGAAAUUUAGUUGCUCUUCUAAUUGAAAAUGGUCACAAAUUGUGUAUCAAGGUUACAUUGCUCCCUUGCCCGGUUGAAGCAGCAUUGUCCUAUUGCACGAGGUCUAUCACUGAUUUGUCAUAAGCUGUAUUUGACGAAAGCUUCCGCUUGGCUGUAGCUUCAACGAAACUUGACACUAAAACUUUGCAAAUUUCCGUGUACUCACGGCCUGCCACGUCUGAUUCCCAUGAAGAGUGUUUGGGAUGGGCCCAAGUAUCUCUGGCAGAUUUUAGACCCGAUACUAAUUCCGUCAAGUGGUAUAAUAUACUGGCACUUAGAUGUCUCUCUUCUAGCAGCCAUCCCCUGACUGGCGCAGCUAGUGAAACUGGAACAGGGCUUAAGGAGGAAAGCAGUGACGAGUCAACAAUCGUGACAUCACAGCCUUCGACAUUGACUCGAAAUCAAAGUGGUCCAAUGUCUGAACUGGAAUUAGUUGAACAAGGAACUGAUAGUGAAGAUGAAGAAAAUAGUGAUGCUGAAGAUCACAAACAAGCAAACUGGAUCGAACCUCUUGGUUCUCCACAGCGAAUUGGAUUGAGCCUCUUGGUUCUCCACCCCUAAAUGGAUUGAGCCUAUUGGUUCUCCACCCCUAACCUAAUCCUAUUCUUGUUUUAUUUGAAAAAUAAUUAUCAUUUUUCUCUUAGGUACAAUUUGGUUUCACUUUCAUUGGGUAGCUGCUUAUUUAAAUAUCGAAAUUGGAAGUUUCGUAUUCGAUUGCUAUGAACUGACCGUUUUCUUGACAAGCCCGCUCUUUGGCAAAUACGUAAGAUUCCAUCUUACGUUGUUGGCGAGGAAAAAACGCCAAUAGCAAUAAUUUUUACCCAAUAGCAAAUCCAUGCCACAUAGCAAAGAGGGAGAACUCCAAGAAUGCUUUUUCCCUCUGGACUUCGAACCUAAUGACAACAAAGCAAACUGUGUUGUUCUUCAUUUUUUUUCAGAAAUUUUUAAUCGUCAGGGCUUCGGUGGGCGGAAGUUUGAUCAGUGCCGCACCAAUUAUUGGGGUAAUCCAUCUGACAACUCGUGCCGGCCUUGCAACUGCGAUCCGCAGGGAUCCUCCCCACAGCAAGUUGACGAAUUAAUGAACCAAAUUGACGAAUUCCUUGAAGAUUCUGGUGCAAGUCCGGCCGACAUCCGAUCGUUGGCUACUGAUGUUUUGUCUAAGGGUAUUUCGUUACGAACCGAACAGAUCACUGACCUAGCACGACGCAUUAACGACACUAUCUCUUCCCUGACCAACAUUGACGCCAUUCUGGCCGAGACGUCUGGUGAUUUGGCUUCAGCAAAAGCACUCAAAGAUCGUGCCGACACCGCCAAAGCCCAUGCCCAGGGAAUUCUGACUGUUGUUCAGCAAGUGCUCGACUCUUUGGCUGCCGCUAAAGCCGCACAAGACAAGGCAGAAGAAGCUAUUCAAACGGCUAAUAAGGAUAUUAGCGCAGCUGAAUCGCAUCUAAGUGAGACGGCCGACGCUCAAGCCAAAGCCAGUGAAUCAGUCCAAGAGGUCGAGGGACUGCGGGAAAGUUUACGUGAAUUGCAGCGAAAGCUGAUAAAGAACGAGCGAGAUGUUAAAGAAGCGACCCGCGAGUCUGACGUGGCUGCAUCGUUAGCUACCCGCGCCGGACAAGGCGCAUCAGAGUUGGACACGGCUUAUCAGCGAGCCCUGCGGGCUUUGGAAGAGAAAACGGCAAGAAGUGGUGACGCUCGUGAACGCUCCGCCCGUCUUCAAGAUAAGGCUAAUCGGCUGACGGCAAGCGUGUUUGCCAAAGUUCAAGAACUUAAAGAAAUGGAGGAUGAAUACUUGUUGCAUGAGCGUCGGUUGACAGACCUUUCUGAGCAAGUUAUGGCCAUGAAUGUGCGCAUGACCGACUACUUGCAAGUCAUUAGCGACCGCUCGGAGUUCUACCGCACCUGCCAAAAGUAGAAAGUUAGAAACCUGAUAGCAUCGAAACUCCCAUUGCCGCUGGUCCUCCGGACAGUUGCAUUACCCUCUCCAACCGAGCAUCCGUCAACAGUACAUCAUUUAUUUUUAUUUUAUUUUUAUUUAUUUUUACGUUAUCCCAAACCUACCGAAUUCAGUUGACAGCCUAUAGCAGUCUCCUCCCUCUACUUGCAUUUGAUGUACAUUUGGUCGAGAAACAAUAUCAAUUACCGUAAAUCUCCCCCCCCCCUUCAGUUAAAAAGGUGCAUUCUUGGAAACUGCAGCGUGCCAAAUUUGUUUUCUUCAAGCUUUCCCAUUGUUUUCUUUUCAUCUUUUUCCAUAUGAUCUUGUGUGACUAGGCCGUUUCAAAACGGGUUUACUAUAAUCUCUUCGGAUUCUUUUUACAGACAAAAUCUUGUGCCUUCAAAAAAAUUUCUUAACAAUAAUUAAACGACAAGAUGUAAUAGUCGCUUCUUUUAUCCAAACUAUACUCCCAAACUCAUUCCACAUUCUCAUUGCUUUGAUCCUUCUUCUCCCCUUCCACCGAAACAGUGUGUUCACCCUAAGACAUCACUUAACUAUUAUUGUAUAAGACUUUGGAGUGAUAAAACAAUAAAAGUGACAUUACGUACCAGAGACAUGGUCUGGAAA